AUGAGCGGUGGCGGCGGCGGCAUUGCCAGAGCCUCUCCGUACGACGGCGAAUCCACUUUAUACUUCCCAGUGGAUUCAUCUGAUGACUGGGUAUCUCUGAAUACUAAAGACCUGCCCGACGACGGCGAUAAGAUUCUCGACCUACUCCGGAUGGAGCUCGUGCCCUUGAAGUUAUGGCAUGCCCUGGCGAUAGAGUAUUUCCGACAAAGGAACGAUACGGAGAAUAUGAUGAAAGUGUUGGAGGCUGCUACUGAUAAGGAGCUUGAGAGCAUUCAGAUGUAUGCCAGUCAACUACACCAGAUGCAGUUCCUCAUGUAUGAUGCGAUGGGAGCAUCUUAUAUGCAGAAGGCUGUGUAUGAUGGUGAUGAUGAGGCCGUGAAGAAGUCUAUGGAGAUGUACCAACGGGGAGAGAAUCUCAACCCUUUCGACCCACGAACGUGGUUGUCACGAGCUUGGACUGAAUUUUGCAAUUAUAUACGAACGGCCGACUCUUCGAGUGGUACGAUCACUGGUCACGAGUACCUCACCAAAUGCGUAUCCCAUCUUGGCAACGUUAUUAAGGCGGGCCCGAUGGUUAAUGAAGGGGGAAUCGCUGAUAUGGUCCGAGCACGGUUGCUCAGAGGUGCGGCGCUGUUGCUAUUGGAGCAGCCUAAGGAGGCGUUGGUUGAGUAUAGAUUGGUAUUGCAAAUGGCUGGCAGUCGGAACCCAGCGACCGCUAAGGUUGCUAAUACGGCUAGACUUGGUAUUGCCUCGUGCCACAUGCGUAUGGGCAACCUCCCAAAGGCCCAGGAAGCUAUUGUUAGAGCUUUGAAUGUGUGUAAGGAGAGCGGAGGAACAGAUGUGGAUGUGGUGGCGGCGGCAGCUGCUGUGCUGCAAGCAGGAGAGGGCUCGAAUGGGUCCCUGGACGCUGGGCAUUUAGCGCAGGAAACAGCGUUCGCUGAGCAGGCAGGCGAUCAUCCGGUGGCGUUGACCAUAUUAGCUCGACAGAGUCUGGUGCUUGCUGCUGCGGAAGAGGAUGAGAGUAGUCGCAAGAGGUAUCUUAGGACAGCUAGGCGGCUGGCUGAGGCGGCUGAGGCUCGAACGUGUGGUAAAGGGGUACGCCCAUUACUCACCGAGAUAUGUCUGUUGAAGGCUAAGAUUACUCAUGCAGAAGGGGAUAUUGAGAAAGCUAGAGGGCUUUAUGAGGAAGCGACUAAGCAGUUACCGUUGGGGAGUGUACAUUACUCACAUACGUCGAGUACGAAGGAUACGCCCAUACCGUCUAUGCUGCCAAGCACGGAGCGUCUGGCGUGCACGGCUCUUUCUGGGCUUAUCGCGGCGUCGGCUAAUGAUACUUCCGAAACUGGCAGGAAAAUGCAUGUGCAUCACGGCAAGAAACUUUUGCAGUUGCAAGCGGUCUCGGCGGCUAAUACGGAUAACACUGUGGCUCAUGGAGGUCUGCGGUUUGACGAUUCUAUAGCGUUGUUGUUGGCGCGGCAAUUGGGACACGCCCCGUUGCCGAGUGAUACGAAGAAGGCGUUGGAACUGGUUGAAGGGGUUACUACUCAUGCUAAACAGGCGAGGGAAAAGCAUGGUACUAGCGAUCGGAGUUUGGACUACGAACGCCAUAAGCUUUAUGUUUCCCUCAUUCUCGGUGGGAAAAACAUGGGAGCGUUGACGAAGGCUGAGGCUCGACAAUGCCUCAAGGAGCUGAAUGAGUUCCUGUCUGCUAAGGAGGAUAAUAAUGAGGAGGAUAUAUCAGUUGUGCAGGCAUUGAUAACUAGAGGAGCGAUCAGAGCAUCGGUGUCUAAGGAGCCACGACGUGCCUUGGACGACUUGGCCAAGGCUAAGGCACUAAUGCUGAAGGCGGCAGAGAAUGAUGAUAAGGCUGAGGAAUACAGGGCUUUGUGGCGCACUCGAGUGUUCAAUAAGGGGCUUUGUUACGAGGCUAUGUCGAUGACCCAUGGAGGGAUGACUGGUGUCGAUAGGGCACUGAAAACAUAUCAUCGUCUGCUCGAGAGGCAGCCUGAUUACACGGAUGCGAUGGUACGUAUAGGGAAAAUCUAUGAGAAUUUCAAAGGAGAUCUGGUCAAGGCUGAGCAGUGGUAUCGUAAAGCGAUGGAUACGGUACCGUUGGAGGAGGGUGGCAAUACUAUGGGAGCACUAUGUAGAGCUUCUAUGCAACAUCAUAAACUGCAUAACGCUGCUGCCGGUAUAAACACUAUUCGAGAUAAUUGUGGAUCUCAUAGCGAUCCUUAUGUCUACGAGCUUCUCGGAGAUAUGCAUGUUGAUCAUGUGAGAUCUAAUUAUGCUAAAACGCCAAUCGAUGAGAAGGACAGCAUGAACAAGGCUGUUAAGUUCUACCUCAAGGCCAUAAGUGGAUCGACUCCACCGAAGCCGCACGGUACGCCUCAUGGGACUCCCUCGUCGCCUCCCCACGCGGUGUCGGCCAUUAUGGGUAUCGCCGCGGUUCUGGGUCAUCGGGGCAGGAAACAACAGGCGAUAGAUCUAUUGACUUCAGUGGAGGAGCAUUCGAUUGGAUGGAACUGGGCGGCCUCGGCGAAUCUUGGUCAUCUCUACGUUGAUGAGUAUUAUGCUGUGAAGACUGAGAUAGAUGAGAAAAAAAGAGCGGAUAAGUCCCAUGGAGCGCUGCAGAUUCCUCCACAAAUGACAGCGGCGGCUCAAGCGGCCGCACGUCGGGCUGUGAAGUGUUAUGAGGGCGCUAUGAAGACGUAUACGGGGAGUGACGGCACGAUAAGGCAAUCUCUGGUGCUUUACUUGUCCAAUGCGUACUUCCUAGCAGAGCGUCACAAUGAGAGUAUAGAAAUGCUGAAUGAGGCUGUUGUGAUAUGGCCGGAGAACCUCCGAUUCAAAUAUAAUCUUGCUAUGGUAUUGGAAAACUAUGCAGCGGCAUCACUCCUGGAUAGUACGAAGAAGAAUCAAGCUGAAUGGGUUAAGAAAGCUCUACUUAUGGUGAGGUGCGCCCUCGGGCAUUUCCGGUCGAUUGAAACCAUCGCUGGUACGACGCCAACACAAGCAAUUCCGAGGAUCCUGAAGCGGAAAAUAUUCAAUGUGACGUAUAUCAACAACCCUGAGACAUUUAUGAAGGAGAUGAAGUCCCCCGAGGACAUAUUCUCUAAAGCCUUCAAAAGGCACUUUGAAUAUCUCCGGGAUACGUCGAGGAAGGCGGAGGAUUGGCUGCGUAAACUGGAGUCGACGCAGAGUCAACACGAAGAGACUAUGAGGUUGCUGGUGGAGGAGAGGAAGGAGCGGGUGGAAAGAGAGAGACGCGACCGCGAGGCUAGGGAGGAGGAGGAAAGGAAACGUAGAGAGGAACUGGACCGAGAAGCUGAGAGUAGAAUGGAUAAUAUCCGCUCAAGUGUCGCUAAUAUGGGCCAAGAAGACGAGGAGGAGGAGGAAGCUGCAGCGGGGAGGAAGCGCAAACGAUCCGCAAAUGAGGGAGAGAAGCGCACGAAAGCGGCAGCGAAGAAGCGUUCUAAGGCUGUUGAAGAGGAUAACUUCAUCAACGACGAGCCGAGCUCAUCUGAUUCUGAGUCUUCUACGAGUUCCUCAUCGAGUAGUGAGGAGUCUGAUAACGAUGCGGCCUCGGGUUCUGCAAGCAGUGGCGCUGAAACGAAGCGUGAUAAGAAAUCUAAAAAGCGUGAGCUCGAGCGCAAGAAGCGUCGACUGCGAAAGCGAACCGAGGGUGAAGAUGUUUCAGCGGCGGCUCCUCGGCAGCAGACUGACGGGGAAGUCCUCGAAGAGCUCUUCGGUGAUGUCGAUAUCUAGUGGCUCGUACGUGCUGGAUUCACUCCAACAUUUGCCGAAACAUUUC